AUGCAACUACUCCAGGCUUGUGUAUGUCUUCUAACAAGCUCUAGGAAGCAAAAGUGCGGAGGCUUCACGUACGACAUUAAGUGCCGCCCAUGUAUUACCCGUGGAGUCAAAUGCAGCUUCCAGGAAGAGGUCAAGGACCUGCGCUACAAUCCCUAUCUUCGCCUCAGACCGUCCCGCUCAUCUCCAAUCAGCGCGGAUUCAGUGCGUCCUGACAAUGACGCCCUGCCUGUACCUGCGUCUUCAGCUGCCAUUUCACCCACUCUGGCAGCGCUUGGCCAUGGAGAUGCACAGCCGCUAUCGCCCGCUCUACUGGCGCCAAACCACGCUGCGCCAGCAGACGAAGCGCUACCGAAUCAGAUUGAUUCUUUGAAGUCCCGCAUUGUCGAUCUCGAAAGCCGCCUCGUCGCUGCCCAGAGUGGACACGCUGACUACAUUCACACCCCUUCUCAGUCCCGAGUGGAGACCUCGUUCGUGCAUCAAUUCAAGGCCGGUCAGGCUCAGCCAAAUCACCAAUCGCCUAUCAUCUCUUUAGGCUCAUUCUCCAACUCCAACUCUCACAGCCUGUCACCUCAAGGUGGUGUCAACACGGACGGCCCUCUCAAAGCCCUCAACAGUAUUCAAACUCAUGAUCCAGUACAGUUCGAGGUACACGACCCUGUCACGCGGUCAGUAUUGACAGAAGGAGAGGCACAUGUGAUAUUUAGAUUAUACUUCUCCAACUGCCACCCGAAUGCUCCGUUCCUUGAUGUCGAGCUCGAUACCGAUAUCGAUCGGGUCCGUUCGAGUAGUGUCCUGCUUUUCCUCGCCAUUCUCUCCGUUGGUGGACGCUUCUGGAGUGCCUCUUCGAAGACGUCAUGUUGGCUUCACCCUCGAUAUACUGAGGUUGUCCGCCUUCUCGACGCUGAGGUAAUGCGAGUUACAUUGCGCCCUAACCAUGACGAUCAAAAGCUUGAAACAGUCCAAGCGCUCAUGCUAUGUGCUCACUGGAUGCCUUUCGACCUUACCAAUGUUCAAGAGCGUUAUCGAUCACGGUUCUCAGAGGCAGGUGCAUGGCAAUGCCUAGGUCUGGCAAUCAGAUGGGCGACGGCGUUGGCCUUGGAGCGAAGCUGUCAUACGAGUUUCCUCAGCCCUGAAACCGUGACACGGGAAGAUGUGCAGCGAUUCCGGGCAAUGUUGUAUCUCGUGGAGAGCGACCACUACCUCGCAUUGUCCGCUCGACGCCCGUCCUACCUCAAUCCCAAACCGUUGCAUAGCGUUUUAUCGAACUUCCUCCGAUGCAAGUACGUCCAGAGCACAGAUAUCCGACUGGCAUCUCUGUUCAAAGUCGCGUACGGCGCUCAUUUUACCGGAUGUCGCCCGACAACCAUCGAAAGUGUGGAAGCAUUUGAUAAAGAUGUGCAGCUAAUCGAGCGGCAAUUCACCUCGAGUCAAAGUGGUCGAUCAAUGGAUGGAUUCAGCCAACACUUCCCCUUUACCUCGCUCCGGUGGUAUCGGCUGUCGUAUGCCUGUGCAUUCCUCGAUGCAGCGGAUCCCGCUCAGCGAUCAGGGAAGGCGUUAACAUGGGCAAUCGAAUGGGCCAGCCAGAUCCUCACACAUCUUUCUAGACCUUCAGCCACGACAAAUAACGGUGUCCCCAGCCCUAUCCAGGUGCAGAUGGAGCCAGAUCCCAGUGUGAUUGACAUCAUGUCCUAUGCGAUUGACCACUAUUUCGUUGUCAUUGCCUAUGCCGCUUUCUUUCUGGUCAACAGCUGGCUGAGUAACCUGAUCGACAUGAAUCUUCGUCCAACCCGACAGCAUUCAAAUGGGACCCUCAUCCAAGACGCAACGGACCCGUCCACUUCCCUACUCUUUCGCCUCGUCGAUGUCGCAGCCCGCACCUUCGAAGCCGCCAGUCCUUUAGAAGGUCACCUUGCACGUCGCUACGCCCCGCUUUUGCAUGGAAUGGCAGAUCUGAUCAUGUCCAGCAGCACCCAGGCCCAGAUACAAACACAUUUGCAAACCGUGGGCAACGCCAACGCUGUCAUGCCGGACACCAAUCUAGGCCCCGAAUUUCAGAGCCAUCAUCUAGGGGACGAUUUAUGGGAGAUGUGGCAGCAAGCGGGCCUAGAACCCAUGAUUUGGUCGAAUAUACUUGACGACAAUCAACUAGGGCUCAGCUAA